AUGUCGCCCCUUGCUGCAUUAACUGUACCGCUACCACGUUCUACUACUGCCUCUCCCGCACCGUUCGUGAGAGAAGCCAACGAGGAACUUCCAUCCCAGCGUCAUGAACAGGAGACGUCCCAGUCGGAUAUUCAGAAUGACAACUCUCGCGAUGCGAUGGACUUAACCGAUCCACUACUGCCACAGCAGAGUGUCAGCGAACGGGAGCCGGACGAUCAGAGAGAGCCAACAUUCUCAUCAGAGGAGGCUCCUACGCAGUCUGAUAAUGGCUCAACGCGUGGAAUGCGAUCCCCCAUGGGCCUUUCAGCUGCAUUCUCCUCACCCACGCCAUCCGCAAUGUUUACGCCAACCCCGGCUUUUCAGCCUCGCCCGAGAGCGCGGUUCGCUGCUCUGCCUAACACUCCAAGACAGUCAGAUUACCCUGCAUAUGAAGAAGAAAGUGUGGAGCGAGGCGGAGCCGUUGAACGAGAUGCCGAAGUUCCAGCAACGCCAUAUGCGCACAAACGUUCCUUCCUCCUGUCGGUCAUUAAUUCUACUGCACGACCUAGAAUGAAGCACCUAACACCGCAUCCACACCACACAGGCGAGGGUCAGUCUAUGCAGGUCUCUAUGACGCCAGGCGUAAACCUGCGCUCCGCUUUCGCCGGGGUGACACCGCGCCCCCAGAUUCGCCCAAGAUUGUCACAUCCGCUGACGGAUGCUUUACCAGGUCCUUCAGAGGCAGGAUCGGCCUCGGACACUGAAUCCAUCCACUCAGUGUCUCUUGCUGGGUCACAAUCGCCCAUACCGCCUGGCGCGCAAUCGCCAUAUGACCCUACGAUGGAUCGCGUAUCGUUUGUGUCAACUGCGUCCUCGCACGACCUGACAACUCACGCUCGCGCGAAUGCGUCGUUCGACCCUGUCAUGGGCCUAGGCGAACGCGGCCACGGUGUCGGACGCUUCAAUGCCGGAAAGCUGAACAACUAUUUGCAUGGGUUGAAUCGUCGACUGCAGGAAGAAAACGAGACGUUAGUAAUCCGCUUGAAGACAUACGAGGAAAAGUAUGGAAUGGGAGCUGAGGGUGCAUCCACGACAACGCCCGACAAAUCCCAAAGUUUGCAACAGCCCCAGAGUGCUCAGAGCAGGAGACUGAGUGGCGGCGCAAGACGCGUGAGUGCUGGUCCCGGCAUAGGGCUUGGGGAUGUGCCAGAGGAUCGGCUCGCCGAGAGCUGGAUAGAAGAAAAGGCUCUUCUGGAGGAAGAGUUGGACGAGCUAAGACAUAAACUCGAACAUCUGACGGGUGAGAAGGAGAGUGCCGAAGAGGCUGUUCUGCAAGAGCGAGCAGAGAGAGCCAGAGAUAAAGAGCGGUGGCGAGAGCGAAUGUCGGAAGUGGAAAAGGGUGUUUCGGGUAUCAUCGAGGACCUGGAACGCAAGCUUGCAGAGGCAGAGGAGAGUGCAAAGACAGCAGCGCAGCAAAAAAGCGAGGCGCAGAAAGAGGCUGAAAAGCGUCUGGUUGCGAUCUUGGCUGAGAAAGCGCUGUUGGAGGACAGGAUCAAGAAGGCGGAGGAUGCACUUGAGAGCGGUCAAGACCUAGGUGCAGACCUUAAUGCGGCCAAUGAGCUUAUAGCUCGGGCGAUGACCAACCUCAGCGGCGCGAAUAUGCAAAUCAAGGAGCUGGAGGACGAGGUGAUGCGCGCGGAUGAGAAGGUUGACGACCUGGAAAGACAGGUGCGGUUGCAAAAAGAGCACAGCAUAGACCUUGACAAGGAGCUACAAAAGAGGUCAACUGAAUUCAAUGACACGCUUCUGCACAAUAAAUCGCUUGAUGCUGACCUCCAGAAGACCCGGAGGGAGCUGCAAUCCUCGAGAGAAUAUGCUGCUCAGAUGGAGACGGAUGCUGGUAUUGCUGUCGAGCGCAUAGAAACCUUGGAAGCUCAGCUCACGGCUACCCAGGAGCAGGUGGCCGAGGUGACUGAUGAGGUUGAACGAGAAAGGGAGGAAGUCGACAGGCUUGCGGAUGAAGCGAACAAAGCAUCGGAACUAGCACGACAGCUGGAGGCAGCGUUGGAAGCUGCUGAGGUAAAGAUGCUCGAUGAUGAGCAGCAGCUUGUGUCUCUGAAGGCUAAGGUCUCCUCGCUGGAGCAGGCUCGCGAGCAUGAACAAUCCAACGAGAGUGCUGAUCGCCAAGAUGACCUUGUCAUGCAGCUCCAAAAUGAAGUCGAAUCCCUAGAGAGCGAGCUUGACGAUGCGAGGAAAGAGAUUGCGAGACUGAAUAUGCUCAUUAACCAAUCUCCUGCGCGCAAAGCCAUCGACAGGGCCAAGGAUGCAAGAAUCGAACUGUUGGAGAAGGAGAAAGAGGAUCUCCUGGACAGGAUGAAGUCGAUCAAGAGUCAGAAUAAUAGCGUGUACGGAACUCCGGGAAAGCUCCCAAAUGCCAGCAGUAUCUCACCAAUGCACCGGCAAUUGCUCUCCCUCUCUCUCAAAAGCCCCAAGACACCUGGAGGACCGUUGCGAGACCUAUCGUGGUUGCAGAACACUAUUAAUGAUCCUACCGUCUCACCUUUGGUAGCAGAGAUAGCCAGGCUGCAGUCCGAACUGGAUCGCGCCAACGAAAGCAUCGAUGACAAGCUGGACCAACUCGAGGACGCCGGCUUGGGUGUCGUGGGUCUCACACAGCAACUCGAAGAUGCUCGGAGCAAAAUAAACUAUCUUGAAGAUGAGAUUGCGAGACAGGGUCGGAAGGAAGACAGACUCCAUCAGCGCCUACAGCGUCUCCGUUGCAUAAAGUGUCACACUAAAGUGGACGUGAGUGGCCUGCAGCAGGCCAACAAUGGAGAUGCCAGUUCCAUCCUCGAAAUGUCCACGUCAAGCCUCCUGUCGGAACCGCCGACGCCGCCAACCAAGACCAGUGAGGCUUUGCGAGCAAACCUUCGCGAAGUGACCUCGCAGCUGGCGUCUAUGAAGAAGACUUGGCAGGAGGAGAAGCGUCAGCUACUCGGAGAGAAAGCCGUCCUGCAAGACGCAACGACCCGCUUGAAUGCGGAGGUCCGCGACGCAAAGAACGAAGUCAGGAAGCUUGUCGAGACAGAGCGAGCUGGUGAAAAAGCCCGUGCUGGGAUCCAGGGGGAACUCGACUGGGCGAAACGCGCUAUCGACGAUCUUGAGUCAGAACUCAAGGCCGAGCGAACACGUCUGCGGACGCUGACUACUGAGCAGGCCCGUGCGCAGCGAGACAAGGACGAGGUUGUUUUGCAGCUGCAUAGGACGGAGACUGACAUUACCGACGUGAGGGACCAUGUGCAACGUCUUAAGGAAGAGAAUCAUAAAUUAGAGAAGGAACUUCGCUCCAACGCUCUCGCUGAGCAGAAAGCCCGCCUUCUGGAAACGAAAGUGGCCCAAAACACUGAAACCAUCGAGCAGCUGCGCCAGGAGCGGUCCCUCCUGGUCACAGACCACAAGGAGCUGCAGAAGCGCUACUCAAAGGCUUCCGAGCACAUGAAUAAGCUAAAAGACGAGUACGCAGCCUCGCAGACCUCCCACGACGAGCGCCGCCACCAGCUCGACCUGCGCAUGCUCGAGAUCGACGACCUCCGGCGGGCGCUUGCGGAGCAGGCGGACGAGCUGCAUCGCGCGGAGGCAGAGAAGGACCGCAUCGUGGCGGAAAAGAGCGACGUCGCGCGCACCGUGGCAGCCCUCGAGGCGGACCUGCGGCGGGUGCGCGCCGACGCAGAGGCAUUCGGCCGAGACCUGAAGCUGCUGCGUGCGCAGAAGGACCGGCUCGAGGAGGAGCGACGGCUCGACGCGGCGGGGGCAGAGCGCGCACAGAAGCAGGCGCACGCGCAGGUCCGCCUGCUGAAAGAGGAGGCGGAGCGGCAGCGACAGAAGGCAGCAGCCGUGGACGAGGAGCUCCACCGGCACGUUUGUGCUGCCGACGAGCAGCAGCUGGCUGGGCUGAAGCUGCAGCAUAACAAGGAGUGCAAGGGCCUGAUCGUGCAGAUCCGCUACCUCAAGGCGAAGUUUGCACGGGAGUCGGCGCUGCGCGACGGCCUGGGGUACCAGAAGCAGUACCUCCUUGUCCUGCUCGCGCGGCUCGAAAAGAACGAACAGACUGUCCUUGCAGCCAUCGCGAGAAUAGGCUUCCCCGAGGUUAGGCCUCCCGCGCCGCUCAGAAAGCGCAAGCUGCGGAGCGUGGCGCUUUCGGUCAUGUUCAUUCUACGCUCAAAGCGCGCUAGCGAUGCGUGGCGGGAGCAAAGCGCGUCGAAGCAAGCAAUUGCGACAGCGUUGCAAGAAGUCCGACAACGGCGAGCGGCGAAUGCUAACGCCAAAGGCGCAUCAUGA